AUGGUCAGCUCGGAGCUCCCAUCUGCACAAGUAGUAGAGCUCAGUCCCAAUCUAGUCCUGCAGCCUCCGCUUUCUCGCUGUGGCCAUGGUCCAGGACUCGUUCUGCUUCGACCUGCAUCCUAUGCGGGGUGCCAGCAGCAAAGCACCAGUCUGGACCCAGAGCCGCUCAAGAAAUGGGCAGAAGAAAGCUUCACAGUGGCACAAAUCACACUCGAUACACAUUCGAGCGGGAACAAGACAAGCCUACAGAGUCUAGUGCAAGAAGCCCUCGACGGGUUGAUUGCUCGGCCAGAGUGCGAUCCUAAGCACCAGUUUGGAGUUUUAGUCUACGGAUCCAAGGCUGAUUAUGCACCGCAAUUCGAGCACGCCUUGCAUGGGGUUCUGACGGGCAACCCGAAGCUGGCCGCGCUGGUCUCGUUUGACUUCAGGGAGAUCAGUGGCACGAAAUGUCUUGUCCAUGCAUUAGGACAAGGUGAUCAGCCACCACGGAGGGAUGACCGAAUUCAACAUCAUUAUGCCGAUGUCUCGUCUCCGGGCUUCGUGGUUCCCGGUCACCCGGACUUCAAGUAUUCGACGGCCGGGGUCUGCCACACCCGCAGCAUCGCAUUUCUGAAGAAACACCUCGGCGGGCCCUAUUUUGAUCUUGAACAGAUUUGGGACGAGCACACCUAUUUUGAAUUUGGCGACCGGUCGGUGGAGAAGACCAUGGCCACGAUGGUGCAGGAGCCCUAUGUCAAUCACAUCCCCACAAUGACGGGUGGUCUGGGUCGAGCUCGGUUGAGCCACUUUUACCUUCACCACUUCAUUUUUAAUAAUCCCGACGACACGGGACUCGAGUUGAUCAGCCGUACGGUUGGGACGGACCGCGUUGUGGACGAGUUCAUCUUCAGUUUUACCCACGUGAAGCAAGUUGACUGGCUGAUUCCGGGCAUUCCGCCGACCGGCAAGCAUCUGCGUAUUCCCUUCACCUCCGUGGUCAACAUCCGAGGCGACCGGCUGUACCACGAACACAUCGCCUGGGAUCAGGCAACCGUCCUCGUGCAAUUAGGCCUGAUGCCUGAAUAUCUUCCUUUCCCUUAUACGCUCGCUGACGGUAGGCUUCCGGCGCCGGGGAAACGAUUCGAGUACCGUGUGCCCGCCGCGGGUGCUGAGGCUGCCUCGAAAUUGCAGAAUGGCAAUGACGUGCCUUCAAAUGGGAUGUUUGAGUACACGAUCCGAGAGGUCGACGAUCAGUGA